AUGUAUUACUUUGAUAAAUUAAGAGAGAAAGAGAAGGAAAGAGGGAAGGAAUAUAGCAAAGCUGAUGCAAGGUGGCUUCAUUUUGAUCCAACCAUCAUGUCUUUGGAAAUACUGAUCAUUUUCCUGGGUGGGUCUCUGGCAUUGGUCCUCAUUUAUGCCAUAGUCAAAGAGAAAUAUUACCAGCAUUUCAUACAGAUUACGUGCAUGUGUGAAUUGUAUGGUGGGUGGAUGACCUUCUUUCCAGACUGGCUUAUGGGAAGCCCCAAAUUCAACACCAGCAGCUGGCGCUACUUUUGGGUCUAUCUGGUGUUUUUCAAUAGUGUGUGGGUUCUGAUCCCAGGACAGUUACUGUGGCAGUCUUGGAUAGAACUCAAGAAACUGCAUUACAAAGGAGCCAGUUCAGGGAAAAAGUUUCAGUGA